UGAUUUUACACUUUACUCUUCCACUUAGUGAAGCGUGAAAUGAUUGUUGCCGCGCACAGAACAUCACGAUUUGAAUUCCGUACUUGCUCGCUCGACCAUUUUGUUCCAGUCAGUAUUCGUGUGGCGUGCGAUAGCGACGCGCGUUUAUUUGCACUUGGUGUGUCGGGCACUGUCGUGUCGCUUGUGUGUCGAGUGUCGAGCUGCGGAGCGCCAGUCUCGUGCGAGGAUCGCUACCGGGAUGCCAGUGUGUCUAGUGAUUGUGCAUUGAGGUCGUGCCGGUACCUAGCAUAGUGUCAGUGUUCACUAUAGUGCCACAUAGUGCUGGAUGGAUUGUGUCUCUUUUGGAUUGCCAUCGCGAGUCAUCGAUAGACCUACUUGGGAACGGGCUACAAUGGUGUGUGCGCGUGCGGGGGAGCGGGGGGCGGGCGGUGUUGACCGGCGCGCAUGGCGGCGCCAAUGAGGGAGGGCGCGCCGGCCGGCGGAGCUCGCCCCGCGCCCCACGCGCACCCCGCCAACUUCGAGUACGAUGACAACGAGUGGGACAUCGGCAUCGGCGACCUCAUCAUAGACCUCGAUGCCGACAUAGAGAAGACUGACGAGGCGGGCGGCAUGGCGGCGCGCGCCGAACCAGACGCGCAGCGCACCGCGCUCAAGAUGAAAAUCAAGCGCACCAAGCCCGGCACCAAGAGCUCCGAGGCCAAGCACGAAAUCGUCAAGUCAAACGAGACGAACGGCGAGCCCAAGCCGCCGCCGACGGCGCCCGCCGCGCCGCCCGCCGCCGCCAAGCGCGGCUCCGGGGGCCACCGGCGCGACAAGGCCCGCGACAAACACCACCACCCGCACGCGCCGCACGCGCCCCACGCGCCGCACGCGCAGCACGCGCCACACGCGCCUCAUCCGCCGCACGACGUCAACGGCGUCGCGCGCGUGUUUCCUCCGCCCAACGCGCCCGGCCCGCCCGCCGCGCCGCCGCCCGCGCCGCACCCGCCCGCCGCGCAGCCGCCGCCCCCGCCGCCCAAGACGGAGCCGCGUCCGUCGCCGGUGCCGCGGCUGGACGCGAAGCCGGCCGCGUCCGCGCCUCCGCCGGCCGGCGCCAGCGCCCUGCCCGCACCCGCGCCCGCGCCUGCGCCCGCUGCGCACGCGCCGCACACGCCGCAACCCACCUCCAAACCUGAGCCGGAUGACUCCAGGCAAGAGACACAUAGCUCGCAGCCACCAGCCAAGAAACAAAAAACUGAACCUAAGGAGACGGCAGAGGUGUGCGUGGGCACGUCAGUGGGGACGAUCACCGAGCCGGACUGCCUCGGCCCCUGCGAGCCUGGUACAUCGGUCACGUUGGAGGGCAUCGUCUGGCAUGAGACGGAAGGUGGUGUAUUAGUGGUGAAUGUGACGUGGCGGGGGAAGACUUACGUCGGAACUUUACUGGAUUGCACCCGACACGACUGGGCGCCGCCUCGGUUCUGUGAUUCACCGACGGAAGAGUUGGACGCGCGGACGCCGAAGGGUCGAGCGAAACGAGGCCGCGGGGCCGCUCCCACCGAUAUGACAAACUUCACAGAGACGCGCUCCUCUGUCCACAGUAAAUUACGAAAUGGAGGAGCGAAAGGGCGGAGAGCAUUGCCUUCGCCUACUCCUUUCACCCCUCCUAGACCUGAUUCGAAGAGGAAGCGUACGUCAGAAGCGGAAGAGCGGCCGCCGACUCCGAAGGCAAAGCGACCUCCUCCCACGCCGUCGUCACCUCCCCCAGAUCCCGUCCUAUUAGAAUGUCCUGAACCUAAUUGUUCCAAAAAAUAUAAGCACGCGAACGGUCUCAAGUACCAUCGGUCGCAUGCGCACGGAUCGCCCGAUGAAGAAGACAAGGAUGGCUCCAGCUCUGAGCAGGAGGAGCCCGCAGCGGAACCGGCGUCACCGGCGCGGCCGCCUUCAGAACCGGCGACGCCUGCCACGCCAGUCAAGUCUCCCACUCCCGCGAAAUCUCCAGAGGCGAAAAGCGAAAAAUCCCCAGAGAAGUCGCCAGAGAAACCAGAUACAAAUGUAGAAUCUCCUGCUCAGCAGCGAUUCCCCGAAGAGUUUGCGGCGACUCCGGAGCCUCCGGCGCAACCGGAGCGGCCACACACGCCGCCCGCGCCGCCGGCCACGCCGCCAGAACCUCUUCCUACUUUACAAACCACGCAAUUUAAGGUAAAGCCCCGGUCAGCGUUGAUGCCAUCGGAAGAGCGUAAGUCGACGGAAUCGCCACCAGACGAGUCGCCUGGCAAGAGACGGGCGCGGCGGUCACCCACGCCUGGUGUGCGGUCGCCGGCCUACUCCGACAUAUCGGACGACGCGGCGCCCACCGAGGGAGCACCUGACGCGGACAACAGUCAUCGACCCUUCCCCGUCUAUCAUCAGUACUAUGGACAACCAUCGUACUUGCCGCCCACACACCCACCCUCCGCGCCGCCACCGACGGCAGACAAAGGCAAAGAGGACCUCACCAAAGGCGACCCUAAAGCGGACCUCAAAGACAACAAACCGGAGAACGCGCCGCAAAAAGUGCUCCCACAGCAUUUCUACCCGUACAACUACGUGCCGAAUUUUCCCUAUAAUGUGGAACCAGGCGGGCCUCCGACAGCGACGCCUUUAGACGACAAGAGCAAAGACACCGACCGUUCAAAAACAACGCCGAGUCCUCUGGACAAGAAUAAGCAGCCGCGGGCGCCGGACGGCAAGGAGAACCCGGCCAGACCAAACGAUAACCACCAGAUAUUGAAGGAGAGCAUCGAGAUGAAAGCGCAGAUGAGCCCGUACGCGUUCCAGAGACCGCCCCAUGCGAGAGACGAGGAGUUACGGAGAUAUUACAUGAGUUUGGAGCAAAGAAGAAAAGAGGGAGGCAACGAAUCGAAACCUCCUGGUCCUCAAUCCGGAUCGGGUGGAAAUCCUGGUGGCCCGGGCGGGCAGUCGCGGCCGCCACCUCAGCCGGCGCACAAGCAGCCGUCCAAGGACAAGGACGAUAAACCCAAGGAAGAUGUCAAGGUGAAGCAAGAGGGCCAGAAACCGACGACGGAGACGCAAGGUCCGCCUCCGCCGCCGACAUCGCAGUACUACCUGCCGCCGUACAUGCAGACGCCGCACUACGGCGCGCUGCAGUUCGAGCCGGUGUACCGCGCGCCGCUGAGCCCGAUGCUGGUGAGCGGGUUCGGCGGCGGCUGGCCCGUGCCGCGGUACCACGCGCCCGAGGACCUGUCGCGGCCGGCGGGCGUGGGCGGCGCGGGCGGCAAGCUGGAGCUGCUGCCGCCCGCGCACGGCCAGUACUACGCGCCCGCGCCGCACGCCGCGCACGCGCCGCACGCCCCGCACGCGCCGCACGCCCCGCACGCGCCGCACGCGCCGCCGCACAAGAUCCACGAGCUGCAGGAGCACGCCAAGUCGCCGCAGGGCAAGCCGCCGCGCGCCGACGCGCCCAAGGACGCCGCGCGCUCGCCGCCGCCGCAGCGCCACGUGCACACGCACCACCACACGCACGUCGGCCUCGGCUACCCGAUCUACCCGCCGCCGUAUCCCGCGGCAGCCGUGUUGGCCAGCACGCAGGCUGUAGUGAACUCUUUCCCGACGCCGCCCAAAUGAGGGUCGAGCGGCGUCGUUAACUGGACUCAUCCCUGAGGAGUGCCGGCGCGGUCAGCGCGCGCUCCCACCGCCGACACCCGCCGGCACGGAGUCGACACGCGGCCGACAUCCGGCCGACACGCAGCCGACACGAAGCCGACACCCGGCCGACACGCGUCCGACGCGCGGCCGACACGCAACCGACACGCACCGACACGCAGCCAAGGGCACGAUGCGGCCUUGACCGGACCCGAUAGUGUGUGUGAUAGUGAUGUGCGACAGACGUUAGGACGUUCAAACUGUGACGUUGAUUCGGUGAAUCGAAAUUAAUCUCUAUGCCAGUAGCCAUAAUUAACACUGUGAUCUCGCGUAAAUCCACAAAAUUGUGUAUGUGAUGUGCGCUUUGAAUGUUAUAGAAUGUGUCCGAACAGAUAGUUACCUCGUAGUUGAACGAUGUCGUGUCUCGUGCGGUGUGUGGUGUGUGUGGUGCGGACUUGUCGGCAAUGUGGUGUCGCACGGCGGACUUGGGCGGACUCGGCCGGAUUCUGCCGGAUUCGGGCGGACCCGGCCGGACUCGGGCGGAUUUGGGCGGACUCGCGACAGGCAAGCCGUCUCCGCCUCACUAGUGAAGCACAAACUAGUUCUGUAAAUAUUAGUGUUAUGUGUACAUUACCCGAAAAUCUUUAGCGUUCCAUAAGAUUUAUUGUAAUAUAAAACAUCGAAUUUUUCGAUUCUCCCUCUGGGCAUUGUACUGAAGUUUGAGCCCCCGUAUCAAAAUUUAUAUAUCACUGCGAAUACAGCCUAGUAAGAUGUUUAUUUAUGAAAAGUGCAUUCCACAAAAAUGAAAUCGAUCGUGUCUAGUUUGUAUGUUGUAAUGAUUAAUGAAUAUAAUAGCGAUAACGGUGUAAGUUAAGGGCGUCAAUGUGAUCAUAACAAUAUGAGUCGUAGCGUGCACAAACCUGUCUCGAUAGUGGACGAGGAUUAUAUUAAUGUUACGUAGAGAGCAUCCUAUAGAUUUGUGGAGUGUUUGGACAUCGCUGUGCGUGUAUGUAUGUCUGGCUUUUAAUGAUAAAUAAAAAAGUCUCAUAGUCCAAUAUUCUCAAUACAAGGGAUUAGUGUUUCUGUACUGCACAUUUGCACAAUAGUUGUUAAAAUUGUAUUUCCUUUUCCAACGUUCAAUUAUCUUCGAGUGUUAUAGCGUGACGAUAGUAAAUGUUAUAUCGUUUCUUCCCAGUCUUCCAAUCGGUUCAUUUGACGGACUCCCACAUGUGUUCACAUAUUAUUUUCUUGUAUAGACGAAUCAAUACGAAGUUUUACCUCGACAUUGUACGCUACGUGUUCUUAAGUGAUAAUAGAUUCGAGUGAAUCGAUGAGACGAAUGAUAGCGACCACGUGGGUUGAUUGCAUUUCAAUUUUAGUAGAGAAAAAAUAAACGUUGACUUAGAGAUUGACAUAAAUGUAGUCAUAAUGGUAUUAUUUUCAUGACAUUUUAGUCAAUGUACGCGCGUACCUGUUUCAUAAUUAUUAACAAAUGAGAAAAAAUACAAUAUUUUGUAGAAAAUGCGGGGCCUAAAUAAGUUUUUAUGAAAUAAGUGAAUCGAGUCUGCGAGAUGGAAUUUCGAGAAACCAGUGAAUUAUCAUUUUCUUGUUGCAAUUGUUCAUUUUCAAAUGUCUACUUAAUUGUAUGAAGAGAGCUCCAAGAUUAAUGUUGUGGAUAUAUUGUUGAAUGUUGAAUGUUCUUUUUAAGGCUUCAUGGAUUUGUUCACAAGCCGUCAUUGUCGAACGAUAUUUUGUGUGGCUCAGUUACCUUGUAAUGUAUAGUACCUGAACCAGUGUUUUCGUUUACUACAGCAUCUAUUGGCAUUUGUACUGGCAAAGUUCUUUUGGACUGCAGAUUGAAUUUUGCGGUUUGUCUGGGUGCCCUUCUUCGUCUAUAGGAGCGAAACGAUCUCUGCAAUUACGGGCAUUCUAAUUAAAAUACAAGUUUGUAAGCGUAAAGGUAAAAGAGUAAAUCGACGUUCCCCAAAAACGUAAUCUCAUCUGCAAAAUGCUCUGGUUGCAGUAUAAAGGUUUUAAGUUCUGAAAAUAUAAAUAUCAAUUACUCACCUCAAAAUAGUAAUUAUGAAUGAUAACAGUCAAUAGUUUUGAAAUGAGUAAUAAUUGUUUGAUAUUUUCACAACUUAAAAAAUUCAUACUUCGACUAGAGUAUUUUGCAGAUGAGAUUUUGUUCUUGGGGACCGUCGAAAUAAUUCCCUAUUUACCUAUAUGGCUAUCAAAGCUGCCCUUAAAUAAAAAUGCCUGUAAUGUCAAAAAGACGGAUUUGCCCGUAGAUGGAAUAGGCCCUGUGACUAUAAUUCAUUUGAUAUAAUUUGUUAUUGCAAGUGCCUUUGCUUUGCACAUAUGUCGUCGUAUUAGUGACGCUAAGACAAAUAUUUAAUAAAACUAAAUAAACUAAACUACUUAAUUUCCUUGCUUCAAAUAGUAAACUAUAUAUCGACAAUGAACGUAUAAUUUUUCUAACAAUACGAGAAUAUAUAAAGAAUGUAAAGCACUUUGGUUGUUAGCGAUUGUGUGCUUUUAUAUAUAUCUUGUUAUGGAAAGAUGUGAUAGUAAACGUUUAGCGACAAGAAGUGGUCAUUGCUUAUGCAUAAAUAAUACCAAAAUGGCGGAUUUAAUAUAAAACUGACCUAAUUUUAAAAAAAUCUUUUGUGGCCAUUUGGGUAAGUCACAACAAAUCAAUUAUUGUUUUUGAGUGUACGAACGAACUCUAAAAUCGUAACACGAGCUUCCUUUUGAGCAAUAAUUUAUUUUAAGCGAAUUAACUGGGCAACACCAAACACCGUUUGACAUAUAAGUUCGUUAAAUUUAAAAAUCAUACGUUAAUAUUUGCUGACUCAACGUAUGGUUGAAUAUGGUUCACAUAUAUGUAUGAGUGUAAAGACAUACAUUACCUCCAGUAGAUGCUUCAUUAUGGAGUUUAACCGCAAUGUAAUAAGGUUUAGAAUUAUUUGCGUUUUGUAGCGCACAUACAAUAAUUUUGGUGUAACAUACCACCUGCGUUGUGGAUAUCGAUUUAUGCGCGCUACAAAUAAGUCUAUUGCCGCAAUAAAGGCGAGUUGCAGAGACCGAAAUAAAGAAAUGCUAUUGGCUAUUUCAAGAACGCAGUAAAACAUAGAGAUUGUUAUUGUUCCGCGUUCAAAGAGGAAUGCCAAAUGUACAAUCCAGAUUUCGGAAUGAAUGAUUUAAAUUGAAUAAUGGAGUGUUUGAAAAUCAUAAAUCAAAUAUGCAAUGAAUUUUUGAUAAAUUUCGACAGUUUACAAAUUAUUGUAAAUUUACAAAACCUAAUGGAAAAUGUAAAAAAUGAAAUGUGUAUGACGCAAUGAUACUUUAUUUAGUAACAUGUAAAUUGUGUACCUACUAUAAUGACCGUAUGUAUGGUUAAGGGUUGGCAUUCCUCUUUAUAAGUUGAUGUAAUGCGGCAUCUAUUGGAGGUGUUGUGUCUCGCGAGCAAGAUCAGGAUGCGACUAACAUGAUCUCAUAUCGAAGCGCUCGGUGCAUAGACUGAUGUUUGAUUUACUCCUCAUGUGACGCGUCAGGCGGACAUUACGCUUUCCCAUUAUUUGUCGUACCAGAGUUGAUAUGGUAUGACAUCAUUGUAUGUAACGAUAUAUGAACAUUUGUGUAUUUUUUUGAUGUAACUAAAGCCAAGUUUGAUUUUCUUAGAAAAGAAUUCGAGACGUUUAAAAAAAGGAAUAAUAAAAAUAAAUUAUUUCUUAAA